AUGAACAGCAGGGGGCAGUCCCCUCAUAGUAAACGCUGCGAUCCGCUGGUGAAACGGUCUCAUCUGAGCCGCAAGAAGUGCCCUCAAACCCCGCUGUCAGCCUCCACACACAGCACAAUGCGCGCUCUGCCACUGCUGCUGGUCUUCCUCCUGGUGCUGCCCGUCACCAGAGGGCGCUACAGUGAUGACUUUGACGAUGGUGAGGAUCUCGCCGACUUUGAUGAUAACGACUUUGCGGAGUUUGAGGAGCUAAGCGAGGACAUGGGAUCGCAGCCCGAGGGCACAGCCAGCCCCCGCUCCAGCCCCCCAGCCGAGGAGGAGGAGGAGGAGGAUGACGACGAGGCGACCGUCGAGCUGGACGAAGGACCCGACGGCUUUGAAGACGCAGAGACCCAGGACCAGGACCUGUACAGUAAAUAUGACCAGGAGGAGUUUGAGGGAAUCGGGGACAUGGAGAAGACUGGACACUCCAUGAAAGACCCACUGAUCAUCCACAAGGUGCCUGCUCACCUGCAGAACAGUUGGGAGAGUUACUACAUGGAGAUCCUGAUGGUGACUGGGCUGCUGGCCUACAUCAUGAACUACAUCAUUGGGAAGAACAAGAACAGUCGCUUGGCCCACGCCUGGUUCAACUCCCACAGAGAGCUACUGGAGAGCAACUUCGCCCUCGUGGGAGACGACGGCACCAGUAAAGAGGCGACCAGCACUGGCACCUUAAACCAGGAGAACGAGCACAUCUACAACCUCUGGUGCUCUGGCAGGGUCUGCUGCGAAGGCAUGCUCAUACAGCUCAAGUUCCUGAAGAGGCAGGACCUGCUGAAUGUUCUGGCUCGCAUGAUGAGGCCUGCGUGUGAUCAAGUGCAAGUCAAAGUGACGCUGAAUGACGAGGAUAUGGACACAUUUGUGUUCGCUGUGGGCACAAAGAAGGCCAUGGCGCGGAUGCAGAAGGAGAUGCAGGACCUGAGCGAGUUCUGCGGAGACAAGCCCAAGUCUGGGGCUAAGUUCGGACUGCCUGAUGCCCUCUCCAUCCUCAGCGAGAUGGGGGAGGUCACAGACGGGGUGAUGGACAAUAAGAUGGUACACUACAUCACCAACAACGCUGAGAAGAUCGAGUCCAUCCAUUUCUCGGACCAAUUUUCUGGUCCAAAAAUUAUGCAAGAGGAGGGCCAGCCGCUGAAGCUGCCCGAGACCAAGAAGACUCUGCUGUUUACAUUUAACGUGCCUGGGAUGGGCCACACUUCUCCCAAAGACAUGGACGCUCUGCUCCCGCUGAUGAACAUGGUGAUCUACAGCAUCGACAAAGUGAAGAAACUGAGACUCAACAGAGAGGGGAAGCAGAAAGCGGACCGUAAUCGCGCUCGUGUGGAGGAGAACUUCCUGAAACAAACUCAUGCUCAGCGACAAGAAGCUGCUCAGACUCGACGAGAGGAGAAGAAGAGAGCAGAGAAGGAGAGGAUCAUGAACGAGGAGGACCCAGAGAGACAGCGCCGCCUGGAGGAGGCCGCUCAGCGCCGUGAGCAGAAGAAGAUGGAGAAGAAGCAGAUGAAGAUGAAGCAGAUCAAAGUGAAGGCCAUGUGA